CAUUCUUUAAUUUUUGGGCGUGUUUUCAAACGGGCGGCGUCGGCAGUUUGUUCACCUGCCGCCAUCUGUAUUCUGCAUACUGCAUACAACAUCGCUGUGGAAAAGAUCCCUCGUCAUCUGCUUUUCGCCCUCGAAUAGACUUUGCAGGAGUCAGGCGCCUCUUGCUGAAUCCGAAAUCCCGACGCUCGACGAUGCGAUAGGGCUGCCCAGCCUCAACCGCGACACACCAUGGCUAGCGAGCAGGUCUACGGCGUCACGCCGCCAAUCUCCGUCAACCUCCCGACCGAGGCCGAAAAGCGCGCAAGCGAUGCGCUCAAGGAUGAGCUUCGACGCCAAAAGACAUUCGAGAGCCCGUCAGAAACCGACAAAAGGUGGAAGGUUCUCGAUUCACUGCAGUUGAUUUGCAACGAAUUCGUGCGCAAAGUCGCGACGGAGAAGGAGCCCAAGAACGAAAUCCUCAUCAAAAACGCCAGGGGCAAAGUGUUCACGUACGGCAGUUUCCGCCUGGGAGUCUUUGGCCCUGGCUCGGAUAUCGACACGCUCAUCGUCGCGCCCAAAUAUGUUACUCGCGAGGACUAUUUCAAGUACUUCCCGGACCUGUUGGUCGCGAUGGCGCCUGCAGGCGCCAUAACAGACCUGACUGUUGUCACGGAUGCCUUUGUGCCAAUCAUCAAAUUUGAGUAUUCCGAUAUCAGCAUAGAUCUAAUCUUUUCCAGAAUCAUCCAGAAGCAAAUCUCCCCGGAUUUCGCCGACCUUAAAGAUUCCAGCCUAUUGCGCGGUUUGGAUGAAGCUGAAUUGCGAUCUUUGAACGGCACAAGAGUUACAGAUGAGAUCCUUGCUCUUGUUCCUGAGGAGGCCACAUUCAAGCUUGCCCUACGAGCCAUCAAACUAUGGGCGCAGCGUCGAGCCGUCUACGCGAACAUUAUGGGUUUUCCGGGAGGCGUCGCCUGGGCAAUGUUGGUGGCUCGUGUUUGCCAGCUGUAUCCCAAGGCCGAGACGUCAGUCAUCGUCAACAAGUUCUUUUUGGUGAUUGGCCAAUGGCGAUGGCCGCAGCCCGUACUGCUUAAGCCCAUAGGCAGCGGUCCUCUCCCAGUCCGCGUCUGGAAUCCCAAAGUUUACAAAGGCGAUUCAUUCCACCUUAUGCCCGUCAUUACUCCAGCGUAUCCUUCCAUGUGUGCGACGUUCAACAUUACCCGAUCCUCGAUGACCAUUAUCCAGCGCGAGCUGCGACGCGGGCUAGAAAUCUCCGAGGAAAUCAUGGUUGGCAAGAGACCGUGGAGCGACUUGUUUGUCAAGCAUACAUUUUUCACGCAAGGCUACCGAUAUUACAUCUCCGUCGUCUCUGCGAGCAAGAACAAAGAAGCGCACAAGGUGUGGUCGGGCUACGUGGAGUCCAAGGUCCGAAUGCUCGUGCAAAAGCUAGAGCAGCAUUCGUCCAUUGCGCUUGCGCAUCCGUUCAACAAGGGAUACGACCGGCGACACCUUUGUAAGAACGAUCACGAGAUCGAGCAAGUGCAGGAAGGAAGCCUUGAAUUUGUUAUCAAAGAUGAGGGCAAAGGUCAAACGAGCGAAGAAAAGAACCCUAAGCUCGAGGAGAAUCAAGAUUCUUCUGCGCCCACCUCUCCAGUCGAGGUCUACACCACCACUCAUUACAUUGGUAUUGAGCUAGAAGAGGGCGCCAAAUCUCUGGAUCUAUCAUAUCAAGUCGAUGAGUUCAAGGUCCUAUGUACCAGCUGGAAGAAGUAUGAAGAUGAACUGCGGCCAUUAGUGUCUCUGGGUGUACAGCACGUUCGAAAUUUCAAUCUCCCAGACGACGUCUUUGAAGCCGGAGAAACGAAGCCCCAAAAGAAGAGCGCUAAAAGCCUGGCGAGCAAGAAGCGAGGCCCGACAGAGGACAACACCCCGCCAGCGAAGAGACAGCAAGCUUCAGUUGUAGCUGCUGGUUGACGAGAAACGACAUACAAUGCUCGCGGUUCAAACCUCCAUUUCCGUUUGGACAAGUACUUUCCUGAAAACUCAAGCUGACGUUAAGGAAGUGGAUGAAUCUUUUUUUCUUUCCCUUCGUCGUAAUUCCCGCUAGUAUUAUCUGGAAAACUCAGCGUACACGACCGGCCAAAUAGCUUUCCAAUCCCCCAUUGUUUUUGCUUUCUAUUUCUUUGACUUUUUACUCUUUUUUUUCUUCUUUUUUUUUGCAUUGUCCUUGUCUUAUUUCGUACUCGUCCAUCCCUGAGGCGGGCAUACGAAGUACAUAAUAAAACGGCGCCUAAUCUGAUCUUAGCAGGGCGAUGAUAGCGGGCAGCUGCGGCAUCACCACCUUAUACCGCAUAUUCUACGAUUCCGUAGCAAAUAACCUUCGGUCGUAUCUACACUGGCUCAAGGGUCCUCUGGGGUGAAACUACCCUUGUUCUUUUUUCGUUCAGAUUUGCAUUUAAGCCCGUAGCAGGGGGACUAAAUUUAGAUAGGUAGAUUUGGUUGCCAUGAAUGCAAUUACUUUAAGACAUUGAAAACUGGCCGGGAAUCUGUAAAGUGUGCGAGACAUCAAGUCAUAUUAAACCUGCUCUUGAGUCGGCAAGGGAGUGUCCCUUAGUGAGCUUUUAGAGUACUCAGCUCAGUCCCCCCUCUUUUUCAAAGGAAAGCCAAAGACUGCGACAUUGCAAGCCAGGCCCUUUUGUCAUCAUAGACUGUCACCAGGUAUUGUCAUCAUAGAUCGUCAUCAUCCAAAUCGCUGCCGCUGGACCAGUCAUCCUCAUACGCGGCUCCCAGCUCGGCCAGGCCAUUCGCCAGAUUCUCCCUGUCCUCCAGCGGGAUGCUCAAGGCUACCCGCGAUCGCAGAUCCUUCAUCUUGUACACAAUCGAGCCAUCUGAAGCAAGAGACGUGUAGACGGCAAUGUUGUUUGCGUCUUCAACAUCGUAGUUGUAUAUUGACGGGAAGCUGUCAAGGAGGGGGUAAAGGAGGGAGGUUUCGUAGCUGUAUUUCACUUCACGGUUAGCAUUUUUUUUUUCUCUUUCAAGUUACACUCAUCUCAUGGUGUAAUUAAACAAACUCACUUUCGCACGACCGUG